AUGUUCCGUGUGCCCACAGCCGCUGUCGAUGUGAACUACAAGUCAUAUUCUAUAAGAGUCCUGAGCUGCACUGUUGAUGAACAUGGGCACCCCGCCAUUGUAGAAGAAGCAUUCGAUGAAGUGAUUCUCAUUGCGAAGGGCUGGCAAAAGUUCAAGGAUCGCAAAGUGCCUACUGAUCCUUGGGUGGGUCGGGGUGGCUCUAAAGUUGUCUGUCAAGGGAUGUUCAAGCAUAAGGAAUAUGCAAUAUGUCAGGUCGGCCCACUUGGAGCAUUCAAUCUCAACACAGAGCCUGCGAACAAGAAAGAUCUGCUUGAUGAGCUGAAAACCACCGCUAUUGGCCAAUUUUUCAUCAAAGACUUCAUGAACCGUGCAGAUGCUGAAGGAUAUGCAGAUUUACCAGAGAUGCGCUUUAAUUUCGAUGGCGCUUUUGUUGGUGAAGUGACUAGUCAUGACUUUGUUGGGGGUCCAUAUGAAUACAAUGAUGACAACGAUGACCCUCUGCUUCUUCACUCGUUUCUGGCGACCCCGCUGAUCUCGCUAACUGAUGGAUACAAGGAGAUAAAGUUUUCUGGUUCACUCAGCGUUGGACACAAUCCAGAGACAUUUCUUGGAAACGUUGUAAACACAUUUGCACAUCAUGUAUAUGAUGUGUCAGAUAAGACCUGCAUUCUUGUUGAUUUGCAAGAACUAGGAUUUGUCAGUAAUGAUGAGAAGACAAUUGUGCUUUUUGACCCUCAAGCUCAUACCAAUAACUGGGCGUCAGGCAAGACUGGAUAUUGGGAUCUUGGUGAAAAGCAGAUUGCGGUGUUUGCCAAGGAACACACCUGCAAGAACAUCUGCCAUGCGUUGAAGCUGCCUAAGCUUCUCAGAGGCUCAGGCAGCCAGGUUCCAGCUGGUAGAGCAGCAAAUGCAGUACGACGUAAGCAAAAAGCACCUUUCAGAAUUCAAGAUUUUGACUCAGACUGUGAGAUUGAGGAGCUGAGCGGCAAUUGUUCGCCACGUAUCAAAAUAUCAGAUUUGUGCGAUUAG